AUGGGCCACACGCGCGGACACCCGUCGGGCGAACACCACAUGCCCAAGAUGGACAUGCUAAGGCGAAACCGGUCACAGCUGCUGGAGCAGCCUUCCUCCGCCUCCACCACACCUACUAUCUCCAAAUCCUUUUCCAGUGCUACCCUCAAUCGCUAUAAGCUGCAAGCCAGCGCCACUUCUACCUCCACCCCCACGACAAGUUCUCCCGCAAGCUCUGUCGACAGCGGUCACAGCAACUUCUUCCAGUCUCACAUGCCCAAAGCUCUCCGCUCUCUCAGCCGGGGCUCGACCUCCUCUUCUCACCCCUCGGCCGCCCGUCCCGAUUCGCCGAGCUCGACUUCACCACAGCGCCCGUUCUUUUCACGAAAUGUCCUCCGCAAGUCUCACAAACGUGUGCCAUCAGGUCACGAGUUUCUGGGUCGUCGGGGCUCUGCCGGCUCGGAUGCAUUCAGCCGCCUGUCCAGAGCAUCGACCACCAUGAGUGGCAGCUCUUCCAGCAACUUUAUCGACUGGAGGGUUCAGGCUGUCGAGAAGCACACUCCCCUUGACUACGCAGACCCGCAAACUUCCCGGAUCAGAGCCGGGUAUCUAGUCACAACUGCUGACUACAUUCUUGUGUUUGGAACCGGUUCUGACGCGUUUGCUGCUUUCCCACACAUGGCCGAUGCCGAUACUUCUACUUCCGACGGCAACCCAGUCCUAACAUUUACUUCCAUGCUGCCGCCAGCAGACCCGCUACAUGUGAUCUCUCUUCAUGCAGUGAUCUCCAUGUUCCGAGGGGACAGAGGUCGCGGCCCGUCCGGUAUCGAGAUCUGCUGGAGGCUAUCCUAUCCGGCUAUUGCGACCUCCAGUGUUCGACUUUUCUUCAACGACGAACGGGCGAGAGAGGCGCUUCUGGAUCAUCUGGUCCACUCUGUGAAAGCCAAACGGCACGACCAGCCGGACGCGUUUCGCGUUGGCUGUGAAGUUGAAGACUGCAUCCGGAGAAUCUUCAAAGUGGAAGAGCCCACAUGCACGUCGAGCGAGCCAGAAAUCUUCCCGGUCGCCUAUCGAAAUGCUCCUGAGCGCCAUCGGACAAAGGGUGAUGACAAGCCAAAGAAGGGACAGCAAGAAGGAGCUCAUUCUCACUACCUUGCUAUUGGCGUCAACCUGUGCUACAUGAUCGAGAUUGGCCGAGCCUCCAUCACCCAGUCAUCUGCUCUCGAAGUGAGGUACCAGACAUGUGGUCUCGUCACGCUCGAGUCAUUCCACGCUGACUGGGCACCACGCGAUGAGCGAUUUUCCAUGCGAUUUCGCGACCCGUUCAAGCACCCCAUAUUGCUAGAGCUAGCAAGCCACCAAUACCGUCGGAUCAUAUUGACCUUAACGAAAGCCGACAAGUUUCUCAAGCCGGCAUGGCCAACACCAUGGCAGACGCAAGAAGUGUUCCACGUCAAGGGCUUGCCUAUUUACCAGCAGAUUGCGGCAGGGGAGGACUUUGGCGGCUUUCAGCGCACUCUCACGGCCUUUUGCGCCGGGUACCGAUGCGAUCCUGUGGAUUGGGAGAUCAGCUGGCGGACUACAGUGUCCCCCGAGUUCCGUGUGCUUCCGUCCUCGAAAGGCGUCAAAUAUACAGACCUUCAGCUCCUUGCUGUUUUGAGGGCGUUGCGCUACAACGAUUACUUCAAGGCAAUCUCCUUCCGUGACGUUGACCUCUCCAGUCUAUUGGACAGGUACGACAGCACUCGGACGGCUAACAUUGCAUAUAUGAGCCGUUAUGGUGUCUGCCUCACUACAAAUGAGUCGGCACUGGUGCAAAAAGCCAGCUUGAUGCACCAGGAGUUUCACGCCCUGGCAUUUGCCUCUGGGAAAAUUAGGCAAAUCGACUUUACAAAUUGUUUGCAUGGCGUCAAUCAGGGCAACGACGCUCAGCGAAGUGUUCAGUUUUUAGUCCCGAUACUGAACCUGCUAGCUGCUGGCCUCACGCGAUGCAACCGCCUUAUUCUCCGAGGCUGUGCACUUGGAGAUGUCGAUAUUGACAGUCUCGUGACAUAUAUCUCACCUAGCGCCGGCGACCGGAUCGAAACUAGAGUGAUGCCAUCACAUGAAGCUGUGGGCAUCGAGGCCCUGGAUGUCUCUCAGUGCAGCUUAUCCGAAAAAGCUAUGAAGACCCUGUUCCAGGCACUCUCUCAGUCUGCAUGGACGCUUCAGGAGCUGGAUAUAUCGCACAACUUCGGACGAGUUCCAGCGCCUAUGGCACAGUCAUUAAUGGACACUGUUGACAACUUAAGACACUUGAACCUUUCAGGAAGUCUUGUGGGCUCUUUCGAGGGCGAGCUUCUACCAUUGGCAUCGCUCAACCGACUCAGCCGGCUUGAACAUCUAGAUAUUUCAAACUUCAAGCUGAACGAGAACUCAAUGAACGCACUGGGGAAAUUUAUGACCGACUUGUCUGCGUGCCAGAUGGGGCAGGACAACCAGCAGAUGGACUACUACAACUGCUCGCUCCGGAAGGUGGUCCUGAAUAACUGUGGAAUAACAGGUGACAGUGCAGGCCGUAUAUUUAGUGCUAUGGGGGGCCUGUACGGCGUCCAUCUCUAUCUCAACAGCAAUCCUCUCGAGGUCGGCAUUGCGGGGUUUAUCCAAGCACUAGAGCAGUGCUGGGGGGGCCGCUUCGGUCUGCACAUGGACAUGGUCGAGUUCCAGGAGGAGGAAAACUACAUUGACCUGAUCCGGGCGCUUACGACCAACCGUUACAUCGACUACCUGAGCCUCGUCGGUUCGGCGCCAAUGCCUACGACGGACGACACAUGCAGCGACCAGACGUGCUCGGUGCUGGAGAGUUUCUUUAGAGAGAAUCAGUCGGUUCGCUAUCUGGACUUGUCGGGGUUCUGCGGCAAGCUGGAUGACGGGCAGUUGGGCAAAGGCGCUGGACGAGCCCUGCGAGGACUAUCAAACAAUAAGACGCUCACGCAUCUGAGAAUCCGGAACCAGAACCUCCAUGACAGUACGGGGAUAUUGGGCGAGCUGAUUCAGAACAAUUCGACACUUCGAUAUCUGGACUGUGGUGAUAACGGGUUCAAUCUCACCAGUCAGCGCUUCAUGACGAAGAGCCUAGAAGGAAACAAUACUCUUCUGAUGUACGCCAUUGCGCCGGACGAAGUAGAGCAGGUUCUGAGGGCGUGCCUCAAGGACAUGCCGGCACCAGCAGCACAUCCAUCGACGUCAAAGCAGAAAAAGUCUGUACCGGACACGGCACUGGAAAACCAAAGAGCGAUGCUCUGCGAAGAAAUUGAAGCGUCUACAGCAGAGAUACUGUCAUACACGUCACGGAACAGGGCAAACCUGGAACACGCCACGGGCUGCAUAUUGGAGUUGGACGAGGCGACUGAUACUGGAGGGACCGGUGGCUGGCCAAGUCUACAGCUCAUAAUGCCGGAGGGGAUUCCUUAUGCAAGCGCGAUUCAGGACGAGGCACAGAACGAAAGGCAGGUUCAAAAUCCGACGCAGACAGACAGACAGUUGGGGAACUUGUUGGCGUCGGCACCAACGGCUCAGGAGGCGACAUUGCCUCGGCCGUCGCUGCUCAGCUCUGCCCUGAGUGCUGGACCCGGAACGGUCGAGAAGCCCUACAAAAUUUCGCAUGACGACGAGGUUCUCCACAGUCCGACUGAAGGAAGCAAUGCUGGAUGGAGUCUUGCGGUAACGCCGGGGGCAGCGCCGAACGAAGCGACAGAGAGCAGUUCGGCGGCGGCUGAUUUCAUUGAAAAGGCAUUUUUCUCGGAGCCAGAUGUGACAAGAAUUCUGGAAAGCUUCACGCUGGACAGCAGUCCAGGAUACGUUGUUUGUGGACGGACAUGA